AUGGACUGGUGGACGGCCGUGUACUCCCGCGGCUCGCGAUGUGUGUCCACGACGCCCCCGCCUCCCACGAGCUCAGUUGCGAAAGAUGUCCCGCCUCCUGCACCCAGUGCCGCCCCACGGAAGCCUAAGGUUGAUCUGCGACCUGGUCCUGUCAAGCCACCCAAAGCCUCCGAGUCUGCAGCGACCUCCUUGAGUUCCGGCUCGGAAAGCAUCCCCACGCCUCCUGGCGGAGUCCCCCCACUACCUAGUGGGACCGUGACCGAGAUAGACCAUUCCGUCAUCCAGACAGCCAAGGAAGACUAUUACGAUGCCUCGAAGCACGGCAUCCUCAAGCCUCCUCCCGAGGACGCGUCUUGGGUCGGGAAGCUCUACCACCAAGCGAAGGAACUCUUCAAAUUCUACUGGAACGGCGUGAAGCUCAUCAACGUCAACCGGAAACGCGUCCGUGAUAUCCAGGCGCGCGUUAAGGGUGGGGGAGACCCGCUGACGCGGUGGGAGGCGCGAUUCAUCGCGAACUUCAGACAGGAUGCGCUCAAACUCAUACCUUUCCUUCUGAUUGUCCUCGUCGCCGAGGAAGUCAUCCCGCUCGUUGUCAUCUACGCUCCCUUCCUGCUCCCUUCAACAUGUCUCCUACCCUCCCAGAAGGAGCGGAUCGACAAAAAGAAGCGUGAGAAACAGAAGGACUUUGCGGAUAGUAUGCAGCUCGUCUUCCGGGACGUCUACAAGCGGUCUGUGGAUCAUCCUGAGCUCACGGUUGAGAAGCUCCUGGACCGUGUCGCCGCCGUGUCGUAUAACGGGAUCUUUGCCUUGUCGACGUUUGGCAUCCCUUCCAUGCGCCUGCGUCGUAUCAAGAAGCACUUAGCCAACAUCGCGGCAGAUGAUGCCUUCCUUGUCCAAGAGCAUCUCGGCGAGAGGCUCACCGCAGAUGAGUUGCGGGAGGCCCUCGAGGAAAGGGGAAUCGUCACGGACCAGCUCUCUACGGAGGCGAUGCGAACGCGCCUGCGCUGGUGGCUGGCAGAGAUCAAUCAGGCGGAUAACGACCCCAUCCGGAAGCGCAUACAGCUCGUUGCGGCCAACGUGAUUGGGAAGCACGACGCCCCUGCUUGA